AUGGGCAAAUUCAACCGCCCAAAACAACAAAAGAGAAGCAAAAACAACUUCAGUCUUCAACCAACUAUUAUGUGCGACGAAGAGGAGCAACAUCUCCCGCUGAGGCCCAUUUCUCUCGCCUCGAGUGCCGAUUCUUUCGUCAGCAUUCCGGAGCAUCUGAUCUCCCUGGCGACCCUCGAGCACUUGGGAUACAACACUGAAACCGCGAGGCGCAUAUGGCAGCAUUGGUGCAAACUUCCUUCUGGGGAACCAGGGUCAACAUGGGAAGAGGUAUACAAAGACGUACCCUUCAUUGAAGUCGCGCAAGGUCACAUCGACCACCUUAUGGACACUUGCGACCUCGAUGACGCUCAAUGGACUCAUUGCAUGGAUCUGUAUGGGGUUAACAGCGAGCUACAACAAGCCAUAAUGGAUCCAAAAUUUCGCCAAUACCGGCUCACCGAAAGCUGCAAGACGAUCCCAGAUAUUAUAGAGUCAUACGCGCACUCGGGGAUGACUCGGCGAGGCGUGACAAGAGUUGUAGUUUCUCACUACUCUAAGAGGAUCUUCCACUUCACCUUGACCCUCCCUGAUCUCUUCUACCUCCUUCUCGACCACGAUCUUGAACAAAUCUGA